UGCACGUGACGUAACGAGAAUUUGUGGUCUAUUGUAAACAUUUAUAAGUGAGGUUAUAAUCGUCGAAUUAAUUUUACUACGACGUAUAUGAUGAACAGAUUGUUUGCAUUUAAUCACUCGCGCGCGCUCGCGAUUGAAAUUAAUUCACUUUACUCUCGGAUACCCAAAAGGUAUUGCGUGAAAUAUGUGCAAGGACAAUCUCCGGAAUCUAGAGUUCGCGAAUAUUUUUAUUAUAUCGACCACCAAGGCAUGUUGUUCCUGGAUGAUGCACGUAUGAAAAACUUCACAUCAUGCUUUAAAGAUAAAAAGUUUUUGGCCUUUUUUUUCAAACGCUUGAAAAAGAAUGACACUGGUAGAUAUGUGGGAGAUUUUCCUUAUGUCUCUCUUUGCGGUCCAGAGAGAAAUUUUGUCAGAUGCGAUGAUUUGCCAAUAGUUUUCACGAAAAUUUUUAAAAAGGAAGAUAGUAAAACAAGUAAAACUGAAAAUUGGUUUGGUUAUGCUUAUGCAGAAGAAUUAUUAAUGGUACCAUUUCAACCAGACAAAAUAUAUAUGGAUGUUCAGUCAGGCAGAGUAUAUCAUCCUGCUCCAGAAAAAGCAGGAGGAAUUGGUCUGGUGAGAUCAAAAAUUGCUAUUGAACUUAGUCCAUUAUUUAGUUUUGAGAAAGGAGAAGAAUAUGGUCCAACUCAUAUCAUUUGGGAAGAUAAAAAAUAUACUUUAGAUCAUAAAUGGUAUAAGAAUGAAGAACUACAAGCUGUCAGAUAAAAAUAAAUAAACUUUAUUCUUAAUUCAAAAAGGAAACAAAGCACAAUAUAUAAACAACUUUCAUAAAAUGUACAUAUAUUUUCAAUGAUAAAUAACAAAGAUUUGUAAUUAUCCUCUAUCUAAUAAGUUUUGUUAAGGUAAAGAUGAAAUAUCAAAGAUUCUAGCUGUGGAAUCAUCAGAUGUAGUUAGUGCUUUCUCUCCAUUUCUAAAAAUUGUUAUCGUUUGUAUAUUUUUAUUAAAAAAAUUUCUAUUAAAGAACAGACGAAUAUCUGUAUUUUCUUCAACUUA